CGCAAACGGGGAGAGGAAUCUGGCCAUUCGCGAAUAUACGCGGCGGUCAGCUCCGUGCCCAAACCGAAACCCUCCUCUUCCCUUCCCCUUCCUUUCUUUCUUGCCUCCCACGCCGCCAUCCAUGGCCGAUCCGCGGAUGUACCCGCGCCGCGAGGACAACGGCAGGUCGUCGGCGGACCCCGCCGCGUCCCCCUCCGCUGGCCGCAGGCUCUACAACCCGUACCAGGACCUCAGCAACAUCCCCUACAAGAGCCUCUACGACCUGCCCACCUCCCCGGAGUUCCUCUUCCAGGAGGAGGCCCUCGUGCAGCGCCGCUCCUGGGGCGAGAACCUCACCUACUACACCGGCAUCGGCUACCUCUCGGGCGCCGCGGCCGGCGCCGCCGUCGGCCUCCGCGACGCCGCAAGGGCCGCCGAACCGGGCGAGACGGCCAAGAUCCGCGCCAACCGCGUCCUCAACUCCUGCGGCGGGGCCGGGCGACGCGUCGGGAACAGGCUCGGCGUCAUCGGGCUCCUCUACGCCGGGAUCGAGAGCGGCAUGGUGGCGGCGCGCGACGGCGGGGACGACUGGAUCAACAGCGUCGUCGCGGGCCUCGGCACCGGCGCGCUCUUCAAGGCCGCCAGCGGGCCCAGGUCCGCCGCUGUCGCGGGCGCCGUCGGGGGCGUCCUCGCCGCCGCCGCCAUGGCCGGGAAGCAGGCCGCCAAGAGAUACGUGCCCGCCCUCUGAUGCGGUAUUCCUUAUGCUGCCUGCCGAGUGAUAGAAACAAAAAAUCAGAUUUGUCGAAUCCAUUAUUCGUCGCCGAGGAUGUCAUUUCUUUGUUUUAUUGCUGCUGUCAUGGUUAAUUAUUUGAGAAGGGUCCUCUUCUCGACAUUAUGGUAUUCAGUGUUAUGUUAUAUGUAAAACGAUGCGAUCCGAUCAGAUCAGCUGGUAUUUUUGACAUGUGUUGCAGGGUAACAAUCUUCAUCAUUAGUUAGCUAGCUAGUGGGCGUCAACACAAAUAAUACAUGGGUUUGCAUUAUGCUGGAGAGUCCAGGACAUUAUGAAUGUAAUGUUGAUUUGUAGUGUAAUUUUGCUAGAAUGCGGUGCCUGUUUC